CACACACACACACAGAGAGAGAGAGGCUCCUCCCUCCACUGCCCAGCUGAAGGAGUCUCUCCAUCCUCAGCUUCAGCUCCAUUAACGCCGCCGGCCGCCUCACGACUUCGUGGCGUCCCCAAAAACUUCCUCUGGAGUGGAACCGAUGACCACGAUCAGCGGAUGGAUUAGCAGCCCGAGGCCGUAGGGUGAUCAAUACUGCAGCGAGGAGCUCUUCGUCUUCCUUUUGUUUGAUUGGAUGUUCUCGAGCACUCCGUCCGUGCCUCCGGUCGGAUGAUGGCCGGCUCCGUCGUCCCGCUGCUGGGCAUCAUCCUGAAAAUCACUUGUGUUGCUGCCAUCGAACUGCGGUUCACGCCCGAUCCACCGACGCUGAGCGUCCACGGCGUUCACCGGAUGAACCGAUCCGACAACCUGGAGCUGACGUGCAGAGGUCGCCAGUACCUGAGGUGGACGACGCCUCCGACCAGCAGCCGCCUGUCCACCAGCGGCGACUGCAGCGGGUCCGGACUCUUCUGCACCACCCUGAGGAUCUCCAACGCCACCGCGAACGAGACCGGGCGGUACCGGUGCUCCUACCGGGACCUGAAGGCGGAAGACGGGAAGACGUCCGCCGAGGCGUACGUGUUCGUCCACGAUUACAAGGUGCCCUUCGUGCCGCCGGAGAAGGAGUACGAGGUGGUGUUCAUCCGAGAGGGGGAGCGGGUGGUGAUACCGUGCCGAGGCUCGGUGGAGGACCUGAACGUCACGCUGCACACUAAGUACCCCAACAAGGAGCUCCGCCCCGACGGGAAGGACUCCCUGUGGGACGCCAGGACGGGCUUCACGGUUCCCAGUCACCUGAUCAGCUACGCCGGCGUGGUGUCCUGCCAGACCCGCAUCGGGAACGAGACCUUCAAGUCCCCUCUGUACAUCGUGGCCGUCGUGGGAUACAAGAUCUAUGAACUCACCCUGACCCCCACGCAGCUCAGGCUGUCUGCGGGGGAGCGGCUGGUGCUCGGCUGCACGGCUAAAACCGAGCUCAACGUGGGCAUCGAAUUCAACUGGACGCACUCCGGUCAGGCGCUGACCUCGGGUAACAACUCGAGGCCGAGCCAGGCGACGCCCCACAAGAAGAAGCUGUGGAACUCGUUGGAGUUGUCCAACACGCUGACGGUGGAGAACGUGACGGUGGAACACACCGGAGAGUUCACCUGCACCGCCUCCAGCGGCAAGAUGGAGAAGAGCGCCUCGGCGUUCCUCAAAGUGUUCGAAAAGCCAUUCAUCGACAUCAAAGAGCCGUGGACGAAGGUGUGGGAGGUCAACGUGGGGGAUCAGACGUCCAUCCCCGUGAAGUACUCCGCCUACCCGGAGCCCAGCUCCAAGUGGUUGAAGAACGGCCUUCCCCUGAAGGACGACUACAGAGUGAAACAGAGGAGCGACGCCCUCGUCGUCCGCGGCGUCACGGAAACGGACGCGGGCCAGUACACCGUGGUCCUGACCAAUAGGAUCACCAGAGAGGAGCAGAGGCGGUCCUUCCAGCUGCUGGUCAACGUGCCUCCUCGCAUCAUUGAGAAGGAGGUGUUGGUGGACACCGACGUGUACCCGUACGGCAGCAGCCCCACCCUGAGGUGCACCGCUUGGGGAUUCCCCGCGCCGGCGCGCAUCCGGUGGCAGUGGAUGUCCGAAGAGGACUGCCCGGAGGUUUUCCUGUCCGGGCUGAUAAAGUCUGAGGUGCAGCUGGCGGAGUGCACGGGGUGGAGGGAUAUCAGCAACAGCACCGGUCACCACCCGGUAGAGCAGAUUAUGAUGGACGCCGAGCACGCCCAAAAGAAAACCGCGAGCUCUUUGAAGAUCCAGAAAGCCGAGGUCCACGCCCUCUACAGGUGCACGGCCGCCAACAAAGUAGGGGAGGACUCGCGCGUCAUCUUUUUCCACGUCACACGCGGCCUGGAGGUCAGCGUGUCCCCCCCCGGCGGGCCCUUGGAGGAGGACCACGUGGUUCUGCGCUGCAAGGCGGACAAGCUCCUCUACAGCAACCUGACCUGGUUCGGCGUGACCAACGUCUCGGAGUCGGAGCAGAUCGCGCCGGUGCAGCCGUGUCGCCCGUGGUGGAACGUAACCGCACUCGGGGACAAUUUGGAGCGGAGUCCCCCGUCCCGCGUGGUGCUGUCCAGCCUGCAGAGCACCAACGUGACCCUGGAGCUGUCGCUGCCCGACGCCUCCCCUCGGGAUGAAGGCCUGUACGCCUGUCAGGUGGAAAACAUCAAGACUCGGGAGAAAACCUGCCUGAUGCGCCGUCUUUCUCUCAAAGGUCUCGAGGCUGCAAGGAUCCUUAACAACUUAACCGACCAAAAAGUCAACGUGAGCGCGACGAUCAGCCUCCUGUGCGACGCUGCCGGGACGCCGAACCCGACGGUGGGCUGGACCAAAAACAACCACACCGUGGUGGAGGGCUCAGGCGUGAUCCUGAGUGAGCGCAACCACAUUCUGACCAUUCAGCGGGUGAAGAAGGAGGACAGCGGCCUGUACGCCUGCACGGCGUGCAACGGCCGCGGCUGCGACACCUUGCAGGCCUAUUUGACGACUGAAGGUGCCGAGGAAAAGACGAACGUGGAGCUGAUCGUUCCCAUCGGGUCGGUGGUCAUCGCCAUGUUCUUCUGGUUGCUGAUCGUCUUCGUCAUCCGCGGAAGAAAGAGACCACGUGGGGGGGAUCUGAAGACGGGCUACCUGUCCAUGAUCCUGGACUCAGAGGACAUGCCCAUGGACGAGCAGUGCGAGAGGCUAACGUACGACGCCACCAAGUGGGAGUUCCCUCGGGACCGGCUGAAGCUGGGUGACCCGCUGGGACGAGGAGCGUUCGGCCAGGUGGUCGAAGCGGCCGCCUUCGGCAUCGAGAAAGCCGCCACGUGCACCACCGUCGCAGUCAAGAUGCUCAAGGAGGGAGCCACGUCGAGCGAAUACCGCGCCUUGAUGUCGGAGCUGAAGAUCCUCAUUCAUAUCGGACAUUAUCUCAACGUCGUCAACCUGCUGGGAGCCUGUACGAAGCCUGGAGGGCCGCUGAUGGUGAUCGUGGAGUACUGCAAACACGGAAACCUCUCCAGCUACCUGAAGAGCAAGCGUGGAGAGUACAGCCCCUACAAGAGGAAGCGAGUGGACAGCCAGAAGUUGACGUCUGCCGAGGAGGAUCUGGCCGAAGGGGAUCUGGGCCUGGGGAAGAUCGCCCAGCUGGACAUCUGCACGGGAACGGCCGUGUGCUCCAGAGCCGGAGACCGGGCGGCUUCGGGCAGCGGCGUGGACACGCAGGAAGAGAGCUCAGACGAGGAUCAUCUGACCAUGGAGGACCUGAUUAGCUACAGCUUCCAGGUGGCCAAAGGCAUGGAGUUUCUGUCCUCCCGCAAGUGCAUCCACAGAGAUCUGGCAGCCAGGAACAUCCUGCUUUCGGAGAACAACGUGGUGAAGAUCUGCGACUUCGGCCUCGCCAGAGACGUCUACAAAGACCCCGACUACGUCCGCAAGGGAGACGCUCGCCUCCCUCUGAAGUGGAUGGCUCCAGAGACCAUCUUCGAUCGGGUGUACACCACACAAAGUGACGUCUGGUCCUUUGGAGUUCUUCUCUGGGAGAUCUUUUCUCUGGGUGCGUCUCCCUAUCCGGGCGUUUGCAUCGACGAGUUGUUCUGCAGGAGGCUGAAGGAGGGCACCAGGAUGAGACCCCCGGAUUACGCCACCACCGAGAUGUACCAGACCAUGUUGGACUGCUGGCUGGAGCGUCCCACAGACAGGCCGACGUUCGCGGAGCUCGUAGAGCAUCUGGGCAACUUGCUGCAGGCCAGCGCCCAGCAGGAUGGGAAGGACUACAUCCCUCUGACGGUCGGCGGCGAGGCGGGAGGCUCCCCCGUGACCCCUGACCCCAGGAACCCCUACAACAGGCCGCAGAGCAAGGAGAUCCUGGAGGCUCAGCUCCACUACGACAACCCGCCGUCUCUCGGACCGCCGGGGCCGAGCGAGCGCAGCGGCCGACCCCUCAGCGUGAAGACGUUCGAGGACAUCCCCGCGGCACGCAGCAGCGUCAUGGAGGGUCACACGGACAGCGGUAUGUGCUUCUCACCUGAGGAGGGGAAGGGUCUGAAUCAACAGCUGCCAACAACCCCCAACUUCAGCCAGCUGCUGCGCUUCAAGAGCAAAGAGUCUCUGGCCUCGGAGUCGUCCAAUCAGACGAGCGGAUACCAGUCGGGGUACCACUCCGACGACGCAGACGGCCCCAUCUACGCCAACGAGGAGGCCAUCAUGAAGCACAACGUGCUGAAGAAGCCUCCGCUGCACAAGACGGCGGACAAAUUCAACGCGGAGAUCCGCUACAGCACGCCGCCUGUCUGACCCCCCCCCUCCCCCCCCCAGAGUCUUUUCACUGUAUGUAGGUGUUACACUUUCAG